GAUGACCACAACUCAAAAACAAAGUUUUUCUGCAGAUAAGUUACAAACUAAUUCUCUGAAGAUGGUGAAUCCUCACUGCAGAAACAAAUAGUAGAGAGAGCGUGUCAAUCUGGUGCACACUGAUUUAUUUUAAGUGCAUAGAAAAAAUAAAAAUAAAUGUAUUUGAACGCGCAUGUCACGAUUGGACAUAAUGGUAGCCAACCCUUUUGGCUUUAUAUUAAAUAUGUGCAAUUUUUUCAUGGUUCUAGGUCGAUUUGUAAGUAUUUUGGUCGAAGAGUCGUUUGGGAGUUAGCCUGUUAUUUUACUUGAACAGAGCCAAAACGAAUGCCCAUAGUGAGUAGAGCUGUCAUGUCUAUAGGACAACUAAUUAUUUGUAAGUGAAUGGCUUUACUGCUCCUCAAGUCUUGAGGAUCAAGCCAACACAAUUUUAUAUACAUUGUUGCAGAUUUGUGUUCUUCUGAUCUAGAUCAAAUGAUCUUUCUAUAUCCAGUCCUCAAUCUAUUUGGGAAUAGCAAUCAAAACCAUAUGCACACUUAUCAGUGUUUAUUAUUGUGUCCCCCCUCCCCUCUUCAGAGUCAUUACCCCAUUAAUUGACGCUAACUACUUUAGCGCCUAUUGACGAUAGUAUCUUCUGACCGGGGGAGUUUUGUUAAGAGCCCUGAAGCUUACUCUAAACAUUAACACGCAUCGCUUGCGGUAGUGUUUUGGAAACAUAAGGAACGUAUCUUUCAUAUCAUAAAAAAUGUAAAUUACUACACACCUUUUAUAGGGUCAGUGUUCCCACACGUCCAUAUCUCCAUGUUACAGUGCGUGUUUACUGAAGACAUAGACAGCCACAUGUGCUAAUUAGCUAUCUAGCGUGCAGGGUUGGGUAGGUUACUUUCUAAAUGUAAUCCGUUAGUUACUAGUUACCUGUCCAAAAUUGAUUACAUGUAGUCAGUUACUCCCCAGCCCAGCUAGCAUGCCAAAGAACACCUGUGUGUAAGCUAACUGGGCAGGAAGUGUAGUUCGUCAACUGGAGGCACACACAGUGUAUGGAUCUGUGCAAAACUGCUACAGAAGAAGAAAAUAAGGAAGAUCCAGAGAUGACCGACCCCUGUGGACUUACGGAUGAUGAACUGAAGGCCACACUGCUCAAAUAUGGAGUCGAAGCUGGACCCAUUGUAGCCACCACCAGGUCUAUCUAUGAGAGGAAGCUGCAAAGGCUACUAGAACCUGCCCAGCCCAGACAGAACGGGGGCACAGGAGAUGCAGACCAGUACUCUGACAGUGAAGAAGGGGAGGAAGAGUGGGGUUCAGAACAAGGAAGACCAGAGACUGUUUCAUUAGUGGAGGAAUAUCAGCAUGCUAAUGAACAGAUGGAACGACACUCUCUGAAUAAUAAAAAAGCUGAAUAUCAUUAUCAUCAGUGUUUUAUGCCAUCGUCCAGAAUGUGGGUUUGGAGAGUUCCGGGCCGCUAUGAAUUCAAUCCCAAGAGGAAUGCAGGGAAUCAUGGGAAUGUGGCUGAGUCUUCCAUAACAGCAGAGGGGGGGCACCGGGGGCAGUUGCCCCCAUCGCCUGUUACCCCUGGGCAUGGAGUUGGGCUGAGCAGAACAUCCUCUCUGCUAGGACAUACCACAGGAUCAGUGGUACAGCCUCCGUCUGUAUCUUUGGGAGGCGGUCGUGAUGAUUCCUCCUAUUCCUCUUCUCAGAGCUUCAGCAUUACUGAGAUGGUAGAAGAGAUUGAGAGUCGAAGCCCUCUCUCCAGUAGUAGAACACAGAAGCACAAUGGGAGCAAUAUUCCGGGACCUUGGCCAAGGCCCCACCGGGAGCCGGUCACAGAUGUCCUGAUGGAGAUGUUCCCGGAGACAGAACCCACACGCACUGGCAUUGCUGCCACCCGUCGGAGGCCUAUCAAGGGUGCAGCGGGGCGACCAGUCCAGUUUAAAUACCCAGACUUCCCUGCCAGUCCCAUGACCCUACAGAGACAGGCAGUGGAGUGCCGCCUGGUGCCUCUGUGGGUCCAGAUCCUGGUCUUCCUCAUCUUGACUUGCCUCCUCUACCUCAUCUACGCUGCCAUGGAGCACAGCUCGGACCAUCCCUUUGUGGCCUUGCUGGACAACCUCAGUAUGGGGAUGGAGACUGAGGGGCUGUCGCUCCAGGCUGACCCCUAGGACUCGUCUGUACACCCUCUCUAGGGAGGAGUAACUCCCCUGCUCUAGGUCUGUGUCCUGAUUUUCCACCCUUCUCCUAAAGGGAGAAAUCCUUUCCUUCAUGGAUUUAAUAAUGGAUAAAACUUCAUCCAGCCAAAGCUUAUACAAAUCCUAAGCUUUCAAAUCCAUGAUGAGAAGUAGUGCACACUUCGGGAAAAGGAUGGACAAUCGGGAUACUCCACAAAUUGGUUUACAGUUGUGAGGAACUUCAUUUGGUCACCGUAAUUCACCUUUACACUCUGGAUGAUGUCACUCUUAACCAAGCAAGGUAGCCAGUACAACCAUGUUGGUUGGAAAAUGUUUAGGUGAAACUACUGUUCAAAUAUAUACGGUGAUGGUGGAAGUGCAGAAAAUAAAAUGAGAUUUGUGUAACUUAAUGGAAGAUUUUUUGUAUUUAAUUAAAAGUAUGUAUCAAUGAAAAAUGAAUGGAAUUACAGCUACAAUUUACAAGUUGGUUUGGUUGGGGUUAUCAAAGUCCAGUCUGUUUUAGAGCUCACCAAAGAUGUGGUUAUGGAAAGUAUUCUCAUGUUUUAAAGUUUUUGGGCACUGAAAUGUCAAACUAAUAAGAACUAUAUAUUUUGUGAAUACUCAUUACCUUUUUUGAACCUAUCUGUAAUUUUUACAUUUCUGUUGGGUGUGAAACAGCUACUUUUAACCAAAAAUGUCAGGGAAUUCAGUGUUUUUUCAAGAGUUGCUUUUGUGUUGUUUUGAAUAAAGAGAUUUGUUUCAUUUGGA